AUGCCCUCCACUGUGUGUCUCCUGCUAUGUUCCCCCCUUUCCACGUCUCCUGCUAUGUCCCCCUCGGUGCUCCCUAUCAUGCUCCCCAGCUCGGUAUCCUCUGCUAUGCCCCUCGAGGAUGCACCCUCGGCUGUACUUCACAUUUCAGUGUGCCCCCCUGGCUAUGCCCAUCCCUGCCUGGGCUCCUCACCGAUGUCUUUCACUGUCCUCAGCACUCACCACUAUCGACUGGCAGGAUUUGGCAGCCUGUGCCCCCAUCCUUCCCACCACCCCAGCCAGCCCUGUGACCCUGCAGCAGAUGGACUGCCUCCACUGGACUGCACUGAAUUUGAUUUUUCACUUAGUGAAGAGGUCGCCUUUGGCCCCUGCACACCACAGCUGGAGAGCAGCAUGAUGGCGCAGAUGCCCCUUCAGCACCUGCCUUCCCCUGAGUCAUGCUGGAGGGACCUGGCAGGUCAACACCAGAAAGCACUGGGAGAUGCCCUGGUGGCGAACAGCCAGCUGCAGGAGACCCUCACAAAGAGGCAAGAAGAGCUGGUGAACCUGAGGGAGAACAACACGCAGCUGAAGGAGCUGGCAAGCCAGGCCAGGCAGCUAGCUGCUGUCCUUGAUUCGUGCUCUCUUCUGCUGGCAGACGCUGAUGCCGACGGGGCUGCCCUUCCUCCUCCUCCUCUUCAUUCUCCACCUCCUCCUCCCGCCGCUCCGGCCGGGACCUGGGGCGGGAACGAGCGACAGGAGCCGCAGGAGGAGACGGCGGGCGUGGACACCAUGCUGCGUGAAGUAUCGGAGAAGUGCCGCGCUGCUCUGCGAAGCCUGGGGGCCGGUUCGGGAGCCGGCCUUGGAGGGAGCCCGUCUGGAAGCCCCACAGCCAAGCGCCCGCGGCUGGCCCCGAGCCUGCACGGCGCCUUCCGCGGGCUGCGUACGGUCCGCGCCGCUCCGCGCUCCGGCGGCGAGGAGCUGGAGGGACCCGGCAGCCUGCGGGCUGCGCUGGGGGAGGCGGGUAGCAUCCGCACCCUGGCCUUCCCGCAAGGCAGCGCCUUCACAGUCCGCACGGCCGCCGGCGGGUACCGCUUCCGCUGGGUGCCAAGCUAA